UACAGUCGUUACAAACACUAUAUAUAAUGAUUUUAAAAUUUAAUUUAUAAUAAAUAAUAAAAUGACAUCAGUACCACCAGAAAAGACCGAAGUGACGAACGAAGUGAAAGAUUUGGAUGUUAAAUAUGGAGAAGUGUCAAAUAAAAAAUUAACAGUACUGGAAUCUCAUGGUUAUGCUAUUGGAAACGUAAUUGGUGUGGGCUCUUAUGCGACAGUCAAAGUUGCAAAGUCAGAACGGCACAAAUGUCGAGUAGCCAUAAAAAUAAUUUCCAAAUUUCAGGCACCAGGUGAUUAUUUAAAAAAGUUCUUACCACGUGAAAUCGAGGUUGUUAAAGGAUUGAAACAUCCUAAUUUAAUUCGUUUUUUACAAGCUAUUGAAACAACGCAUCGGGUAUAUAUAAUAAUGGAAUACGCAGACAAUGGUAGUUUACUCGACAUCAUAAGACGAGAUACUUAUAUCGAUGAAAUUCGUAGUCGUAGAUGGUUUCGUCAACUUCUCGAUGCUGUUGAUUAUUGUCAUGAAAGAGGUGUAGUUCAUAGGGAUAUAAAAUGUGAGAAUUUGUUAAUGGAUAUUAAUUUGAAUAUUAAAUUAUCUGAUUUUGGUUUUGCACGUGGUCAUAUGAAACCAAAAAAUGGUACGACGCCUCUCAGUGAAACCUUUUGUGGUAGUUAUGCUUAUGCUUCUCCAGAAAUAUUGAAAGGUAUUCCAUAUCAACCACAAUUAUCAGAUAUAUGGUCUAUGGGUGUAGUACUUUUUGCUAUGGUUUAUGGACGACUUCCUUUUGAUGAUACGAAAUAUACUCUCCUUUUAAAGCAAGUACAAAACAAGAUUACCUUUCCUAAAGAACCAAAUGUAUCUCAAACUUGUCAAUCCCUCAUCAGUCGUAUACUUGUAGCACAACGUCAACGUUUACUUAUUAAUCAUAUUAAAAAAGACGCAUGGUUAACUAUGUCGAGUGUAGCUAUGCAAACAUCUGAUGUAAAUGAAAUAGAGAAUGAUUCAUCUGUAUCACUGGAAAUCCAACAAAUUAAAUCUGAAGAAAAUCAUGUAAAAAACAUGAAAACAACAAACGAUCAAGAUUUACUUCAAAUACAAGAUAAAAAAGAUUCCAAGAAUAAUAAUAAUAAUAAUAAUACGGAUACAUUUAAAUAUGAUGUUGAUGUUCCAUUACAAACUGCUAUAAUGAAUGAUAUUAAUAAUAAUAAUAAAUAAAAUCAAAACUUUUAUUAAUAAAU